AUGCUGCAAGUAUUACCUCCGCAUAUAUCCAGUUCAGUACCCUCCUCCAAUACUAAUCCUGAUGUAUCUUCAUCAUCAACCUCCAUACAUAGAUCUCCGUCCCCUCAUAUAACCAAUACAACUCCACCAGAUCAACAUCAUCCUAAGAAAUUAGGUGUAACUCAUUCUAUACGAGAGAAAUUAAGCUUUCAAGAUGAACGAUUAUGGAAACGAUUUUCGGCUCGAAGAUUGGAAUUAAUCGAUACAUUAGAUUUAUGUUCUAAAAAAGCAAGUGAACAAGAAGAAGAAAUUAAACGAGUGGCUCAAGCUUUACGAUUAGAAUUUAAUUAUUCAACUGAUUAUGAACAAGAAUUUGAUAAAUUAGUUAGAGCUGCUGUUCAAAGUGUUCGAAGAAAUCGUAAACGAUCAUCCAAAUCAAAAAAGAAUCAUCAUCAUAAUGGUGAAAAAAGAGUUAAAAUUGAAGGUCAAACUAAUCAAAGUGAAGCUGAUGAAGAAGAAGAAGAUGAUAAUGAAACUGUAAGUGAUACAACUUAUAGAAAUCGAUUUGUUUCUGAAAUAAGUCGAUUAGAUUCUGAUUCUCAAGGUCAAACUGAUUUAAAUUAUUCUCGAACUAAAAAUUUCUCUUCUGAUGAUAAAGCAAAAGCAACGAUUGAUAAUAUGAUUAAACCUCGAAUUUUACAAAAUCAUCCUCAUAAUCAUCAACCUCCACUUCAUCCAUCUCAUCCUCCUCAACUUCAUAAUCAUCUACAUCAACCUUAUCAACCUAGUAAUGUAAGUUCAUCAUCAUCAUCUUCUUCACCUGCAUCAUUUCAAAAAAUACCCGGUGGCAAUGGUAAUGGCAAUACUACCGUUUUACCUCCUAUUUUACCUAUUAAUGAUGAUUAUUUAGCUCCUCCUCCAAAAUUAGAUGCAAAUGCCGCUAAAGGGAUAAUUAUAAAUCAUAUUGAAAGAUCAAAAACAUGUUCUGAAAGUGUAUCUAAGAAAUCAGAAAAUUUACAAGUAUUAGGAAAAUUAAUUAUUCAAACUUGUAUAUCAUAUGUAUUUGAAAAAUCAUUUGAAAAUGUGAAUGAAACUUCAAUUCAAUAUUUAAGAAAUAAAUUAAGUGGAGAUAUUUAUUUAGCUCGAUUUUUUCGAGAUUUAGAUCCAAGUACUAUCACUUCUAUAAGUGAUGAAGUGGCUACUAUUUCAUUAUAUACUCUUUUAGGUGGAGUGGUUAAAGAUUUUGGAUUUGAACAAAUUAUUUUCCCAUUAUGUGAGAUUAUUUAUGUAUCAAUUUUAGAAGAAUAUCCUUUAAUUGCCAAGAAUUCAAUUCCAUUCAAAUAUAGUGAUUAUUUAAAUAAAUCAGAAUCAAAUUCAUUGAAUUCGUUGGCUACAUUAGCGACUGAAAUGCAAGAACAACAACAACAACAACAACAACAAGCGAUUAUAAGUGCAGCUAAUAGUAGUAGAUCAUUAUCACCUGAAUUACAUCCUUAUAAUCGUAAUGCCUCAACCACCACUAGUACUAUUACCAGUCCAAAUAUUGAAAAUAAACAAGUUAUAUUAAGAUUUAUUAAUCAAAGUUUGGAAUUCACUUAUAGUACGAAGAAUUCAGCUCCGCCUCGAUUUAUUGAAAUUAUAGAAAACGCAAGACAAGCAUUUAAUUUAAAACAUGAUGUGAUAUUAGGGAUUAAAAAUAGUAAGAAUGGAAUUAUGAUGCAAAAUGAUUUUGAUUUGGAACGAUUAUUUAAAACUAGUUCGGAAUAUAGAAUUGAAUUAGAGAUAUUUACUCAACGAUCAAAAGCCAUACCGAUAUAUGAAAUCACUAGUGCUAUUAUCCCCAAUUCAAGACAUACUCCUCCUAAUAUUAAUGAUCCACCACCUUCAGUUCCACCACCACCUACACUUCAUCAUGUAAGUACAGAGAAAUAUAUUUUACCUCCACCGUUAGUUAUAAAUCAUCAUUUACCCCCAGCAUUAAGAGGAUCCCCCAUAAUGAAUAGUACUAGUAGUGGGAAUGGAACUAAUAAUGGAGGUAUAGUGGGUAAACCACCAUUUAAUUUCUUAUCUAACAGUAGUGAGGAAUUGAUACAACAAACAAAAACACCACCACCAGCAAUGUUACCUCGAUUUCAACCAUUGUUAUAG